AUCCGUGGUUUCUCAAUGUCGGUCGCAGGCUAAAGUGACGUCACUUCCUUUCCGCUGUGUCUGCGGUGAGGAUGGGUAUCUCCAGGGAUAAUUGGCAUAAAAGGAGGAGUACUGGUGGGAAGCGGAAGCCCAUCCGCAAGAAGAGGAAGUAUGAACUUGGCCGUCCUCCUGCAAAUACCAAACUUGGCGCCAAGAGGAUUCAUACAGUUCGAGUGAGAGGUGGAGGCAAGAAAUAUCGUGCCCUGCGUCUAGAUCAGGGCAAUUUUUCUUGGGGUUCUGAAUGCUGCACCCGGAAGACACGUAUCAUUGAUGUGGUCUACAAUGCAUCCAAUAAUGAACUUGUGCGUACCAAGACAUUGGUGAAGAAUGCCAUUGUUGUGAUUGAUGCCACCCCUUUCCGACAAUGGUAUGAGGCCCAUUACGCUCUUCCACUUGCUCGCAAGAAGGGAGCCAAGUUGACUGAGGCAGAAGAGGCUGCUUUGAAUAAGAAACGUUCAAAACAUGCAGAGAAGAAAUAUAAGGAAAGGCAGAAGCAUGCCAAGGUGGAGCAACCUUUGGAAGAACAGUUCAUGACUGGACGCGUCUUGGCAUGUCUGAGUUCCAGGCCUGGUCAGUGUGGACGAUCAGAUGGUUAUGUCCUUGAAGGCAAGGAGCUGGAGUUCUAUCUUAGGAAGAUCAAAGCAAAGAAGGGGAAGUAAAAGGUUUAUGGCUCAGCCCUGAAACUUUAUUCAAUAAAUGCCUCUUUUCCCCUGUGCAA